CUAAUCCUGAGUUUCUGAGGCCGAUAAGCAUCCCACUAUUUUCUUGCACUAAUAUCUCUUGUUGGGAAUGGGUGGACAAUCUCGUAGCUGCAGGAAACCCGAAAGAUAAUAAAGAAGGCCGAGUAGGAGGUUGAUUUGCCACUUCUUCUUCUUCGGUAGCCCUCUAACGCUUUGUAUCACUUCUUAUGUCUUUACAACUUCAUCAUUUCCUUUGUAUUCUUUAGUCAUUUAUCUCUCUUUUCCAGCUUAGAUUGUUUCCACGUGGCUCAUUAUUAUAUUUUCAGUUGACAGGGCGAAGUUGCUUAAUAUAUAAAAAAAUAAAAAAAACUUCCCAUGAUACAAUUUGAAUUUUCUUAAAUGGGUCUUUUUAUUAAUGCUAGUAAUAUAUUUUUUGGACAGCGGAAUCCAUAAUAACAAUAUAGAGGAAAACUCGCUCAUGAAAUAUUACAGCUGGAAAAACUACAGGUAAUAAAGGUGAUAAUAAAGGUGGUAAUAAUGAAAGUAAACAGGUGAUAGAUGCAGUAGUAAUAACAAUAAAUAGAUAAGAAAGGUGAUGAAUAAGUAAUAAACAGGUACUAGAGGGCUGGCAUCUGGCAACACUGAACCCAAACAAAACAAAACGUUGCUGGGGAUUAUGUUGAAAAAAAUAUUAUUAGCCCACCAGCCUCCCCCUCCCAGACCCUGAAAAGCUAUUAUACCGAGGAAGGAAGUCCACCACCGUGAGGCUUUGCUGUGAACUGGUGGUGAGGUGCAAAGUGCAGACCUUUCAGAGUUUCAGAGCAAUAUCGUGGGAGUGACUUGAUGAAACCCCCAAACCAAUAGUCCCGCCAAGCAAUGGCUAUUUUUGGAGGACUGCAACCAAGUCUCUGCCACGAUGACAUUGUGCUAUUGAGCCCUUCAAGACAAAUGGCUGAAAGAAGAAAAAGUUAGAAAGGAGCAAGCAGGAACAGAAGACAACUAGAAAGAAGAAUAAACCCAGCAAAUGUGAACAACAAUUGAUAGAAUUUAGUGUCACUUAAGGCCAACAGCAGAGAUGUCGGUGGUGAUCGAGACUACAAUUGGGGACGUGACAGUGGACCUGCACAUGAAGGCCAGACCCAGGACAUGUAUGAAUUUCUUGAAGUUAUGCAAGAUGAAGUACUACAACUUCUGCCUGCUCUUCAGUGUUCAGCGAAACUUCAUUGCUCAAAUGGGUGAUCCAUCAUCUUCAGGACGAGGAGGUGAGAGCAUAUUCCAAAAGAUGUAUGGAGAGCAGGCCAAGUUCUCUGAAGGGGAGAAGCUACCAAUCAUGAAGCACACACAGCUUGGAACAGUCUCCAUGGUGUCUUGUGGCAGUCACUUGUUUGGGUCACAGUUCUUCAUCACUCUUGGAGAAGACUUGGACUCUAGAUUCGAGCACCUUGUGUUUGGCCAGGUGGUGGAGGGGUUGGAUGUCAUCAACAAACUCAACCAAACCCUGACAGAUGAAAAGUACCGUCCCUACCAAGACAUCCGCAUUUCUCACACUGUGGUGCUGGAUGAUCCCUACCCAGACCCAAAGGAACUUGUAUUUCCGGCAGAGAGUCCAAAGCCUACGAAGGCCGUCUUUGAUUCAGAUUACAUCGCUGCAGAUGAGACCAUUGAUGACACUGAAGGAAAGUCUUUGACAGAGAUCCAGGAAGAAAUUGAGGAGAAGGAAGCCAAGGCCAGAGCCACCAUCUUGGAAAUGGUUGGAGACUUGCCAGCUUCUGAUACGGCACCUCCAGAAAAUGUUUUGUUUGUGUGUAAAAGCCCAGUUACUACAUCGGAGGACUUGGAGAUCAUCUUUAGUAGAUUUGGGAAGAUUAACUCCUGUGAAGUGAUCUGUGACGGUGACCAACAAUUCCUUCAGUAUGCCUUCAUUGAGUUUGCUGAGACCAAGUCGUGUGAGGAUGCCUACUUCAAGAUGGACAAUGUGCUCAUAGAUGACACUUGGAUUCAUAUCGACUUCAGUCAGUCUGUAUCCAAAAUCAGAGUGGCGAGGAAAGGGAAAGGAGUUGAGUAUUUUGAUGAUGAUGGUAAGAAAGUGGAUGAGAGAAAGGGGAAGGCAAGAUUUGAACAUAACCGGGAUCAAAACAAUAGCAACAGUGGCUUGAGGGGGAGAAACCAAGAACCAAUGCAAGCUCACCAGUUCAGGGAGGAGGCCGUAUGCUGCUAG